CUCAUCUGCGACCCCAGCUACGUCCCGGACCGGGUGAAGAAAAUGGGCAAGGUGAUCCGGGUCAUCUGCAUCCUGAACCACCCCAUCCGGAACACCAACGACGCCAACUCCUGCCAGAUCAUCAUUCCCCAGAACCAAGUCAACCGGAAGUCGGACAUCUACGUCUGCAUGAUCUCGUCCGCCCACAACGUGGCGGCCCAGGGCAAGUACAUCGCCAUCGUGAGCACCACCGUGGAGACCAACAAUCCCGACAAGGAGAUCAGGCCCGCCAUGGACCUGCUGGAGCCCAUUGAGGAGAA